AUGGAUCGACUGAUGUCAAACAGCUCCUCCUCAACGCGCGAAGCAGCUCUGUUUUUCCUGACGGGAGUGCUUUGUUUCUUAGAUGCAGCUCUAAGCAACCUAAGUUCAAGCAGGGCUUCGUCGCGUUCGCGGGUUAGCGAAUUGAUGGUCUGUAUGGCUUCGUUGAGAUCGCGUUGGAGAGUGCGUAAAGACGCGACAAUCUGUUUCUCGUCUGCGGGCACGGAGUAA